CCCUGGGAGGCCGCUACCGGGGACCCUGUCCCGGGCCCGCUGCUUCCGCGGGCUUCCCGGCCCCGGGCAGCAGCUUCGGCUGUGCCUUCGUCCGCUGACACUCGCAACGCUCGGCUGAGUCACUGGCCGGCGCCCUUCGCUGCUCUCUCUGGCAGGCUGGGGUGGGGGCGGGUGGUCCCUGGACUUCAGCUCUGGCGAGGCCCAGGUUCCUGGGACAGAGUGCUGGCUGGGGCGCACCAUUCAGCGUAGGAGCUCCAAGCCCUGGGCCCACUGCCUCUGGAACACCCAUAGCGACCCGCCUCUUCGUUCCCUUUACCGCUUCUCUGCCCUUGGGCAGGCACCUUAGGCUGAAGAUGGUACCAAGUAGCCCUGCCGCCGCCCUCUUCCUCCUCCUCCGCCACCGUCUCCUCCUCCCCCUUCUCCUCCCUUCUUCAUCUUCUCCUCCUCCCCUCUCCUUUCCUAGCCCAUCCUGGCAUGUCCACAGCCCUCACUCCUGCUUUCUCAUCCCUGGGCAUGUCCUUGUUGUGCCAGCUCAAGCCGUCAAACCCCAGCACCCGUUUGUCCUUUAGGGCCUGGUUUCCCCUAGGCAGCUCCUCUGAUUUCUCCUGCCUCGGGCCUCUCUGGGGGCUGGGGCCUGCUGGGCAGAGCUCAACACCAGGCUUCUCAGUACCUGUCUAGGGCAGCCAGGACAGAAGAGUAAUUGAAUGAGGAGCAGGUUGGGGGGCCUGGAUGGCAUGGGCCUUGUUGGUUUUUAUUCCAGUUCCUGGAAGAGCAAGGGCACCCAGAGUGUCCUGGGCCAGCAAGAGUAUCUGAGGGCUUUUGCAGGGUGGAGACCAGAGAGGAUGGGUGCCUAAAAAAGGGACCAGCCCAUUCCCAGGGACUCCUUGGGUAGCCACACUCCUCCUGGGUUCCACUUUGGGUAUUCAGGUGCAUAAUAAGAAACUCUGGGCUAUAGGCAAGGUGGGUAGCAGUCAUCACCAUGGCCUGGCAGGAUUCCUGUGGGCACCUGGCCCUGGCUGAAGCAAGGACUGGAUACAUCCCCUGUCCUGGUUUUCUGGGGCCGCCUGUUGUGGGGUCUGAAGGAGUUGGCUUGUUGUUACUCUAGCUUUUAAGUCCCCAGGGGGAGGGAAGACGUAGAGAGAGGAUGUAGGCCUGCCUCAGUGCUAGCCCCAAGUUGCUUGUCAGGAAGGCCCCUUCAGGGCCCAGGAGCAGAGGCUAAAACAGUUCCUGCAUCUGAUGGGAGCCUCACACCAGGCUUGAAGAAGAGUACAGUGAUUUGACAGACAGCUGGACGUGCUCAUAGCCUUUUCCUAGGACUGACCCCCCCCCCCCCCGCCCGCUAGGCUGGGUUGAUCUGUGGACCUUCCCAGGUUCCCAUUGGACCAGUUAGACCACAGCGGGGGAUCCUUAGCCUACGGACUUAGAGUGAGGUACCAACAGUGGCUGUCUUUCUCCAGGAGGACAGUCUUUGCUGGGGCCAGAGACACACCCAUGCAAAGCUAAUGAUCUGGAAGGGACUCCAGGACCUCUGCCCUUCCUGCUUCCUUCUCCCAAGUACCGUGCCUCAAUUGCCCUGUUGUUGAGCUGGCUGCACAUGGGACACGGGUCUACCCUGGCGUCCGUAGGAGGCACACCAGUGUUGAGUAGUUGUGGUGGCAGGCUCCAGCAUCACAGUUGGGUGUCCCCUGCUCUCUCCACUCCCCCACCACAGCAAGCACUAGGUUUCAGGGAGGGCAGCUCAGACCCAGGAUUGGCAUGGAGACACUGGGGCGGUGUAGAAGGACUGGGCUUGUCUUGAGGGACAGGGUCCCUAGGUCACUUGCUGUCACCCAGGUAGAACACCUAGGUAUUGCUGAACCUGUGCCGUCUGUAACCAGAUUCCCCUGUGGUGCCCGCCACCUGCCAGCUAGGACUCUUCCUCCUAGCAGCUCAUGCGCAGCCGUUGCUAUAGUGAUAGGGGAGACGGCCUGGCCUGUGCUGCAGUUACUCGGAGGUGCCCAGGGUAGGGCCUGGUAUGGGUAGGGCUGUCUCUUGAACUGUGGCCCCUGUUACCAGCCACUCUGUAUGUGUGAAACACAUUUGUCCUGUGGCCCUGGGUGCACACAUCACCUCCUCAGCUGGCCCUGGGGAGAGGAGGUGGAGGCUGGCACCGGCUGAGGCGGGUGUGGGGUGUGGACACACAGCAGGGUGUUCUGGAUCACAGAGCGCUAUUGUCAGAGCACAGUAGGCAUAGCCAGGGACAGGCUGGGCAUGGCCCCACACCGCUCCUGGGCGGGGGUGGGGCUGGGUGGCGCUUCAGAGUCCGCUUCAGAUGGUGAUGAGGGUGAAGGAGAUCUCUGAUAUUGCAGGGCCCUGGAGAAGGAUGACCUCUGGUGUUGGUGGGUGGGCCUGUCUUUCGUGUGGUCUCAGAGGCAGGAGCUUCCUGGUAUAUCGCCUGGCCUUCAUCUCUGAGCUGAGGUGGGGGCAGGAAUUGAGGAAGCUCUUUUUUUACCGAGAGACACUGGGAGUGGGUCUUGGCUUUUGAGAUCUUCAUCCCGCUGGUCCUCUUCUUCAUCCUGCUGGGGUUGCGGCAGAAGAAGCCCACCAUCUCCGUGAAGGAAGUCUCUUUCUACACUGCAGCACCCCUGACAUCUGCCGGCAUCCUGCCCGUCAUGCAGUCGCUUUGCCCGGAUGGCCAACGUGAUGAGUUUGGCUUCCUGCAAUAUGCCAAUUCCACGGUCACCCAGCUCCUAGAACGCCUCAACCGUGUCGUGGAAGAGGGCAACUUGUUUGACCCAGUGCGACCCAGUCUAGGCUCAGAGCUUGAGGCCCUGCGCCAACAUCUGGAGGCCCUCAGCUCAGGCCCUAGCAUCUGGGAGAGCCGCUCGGCCAGCCCUGCAGUUUCGUCCUUCCCUCUGGACUCGGUGGCCAGGGACCAGAGCGAGCUUUGGCGUUUCCUGACGCAGAACCUGUCACUGCCCAACAGCACAGCCCAGGCCCUCCUGGCUGCCCGUGUGGAUCCUUCCGAGGUCUAUCACUUGCUUUUUGGUCCUUUGCCUGCCCUGGAUGGGAAGUUGGGUUUCCUCAGGAAGCAUGAGCCGUGGAGCCGCCUGGGUAGCAAUCCUCUGUAUCAAAUGGAGGAACUGCUGCUGACUCCUGCCCUCCUGGAGCAGCUCACGUGUGCACCAGGCUCUGGGGAGCUGGGUCGGAUUCUUACCAUGCCUGAGGGUCAUCAGGUAGACCUGCAGGGCUACCGGGAUGCCGUCUGCAGUGGGCCGGCUAUGGCUCGUGCCCAGCGCUUCAGUGAUCUGGCCACUGAACUCCGGAACCAGCUGGACAUGGCCAAGAUUGCCCAGCAGCUGGGCUUGGAUGUCCCGAAUGGCUCAGACCCCCAGCAGCAGACACCAUCCCCACGGAGCCUGCAGGCACUCUUAGGGGACCUGCUGGAUGCCCAGAAAGUUCUGCAGGAUGUGGAUGUCCUGUCAGCCCUUGCCCUGCUGCUGCCCCAGGGUGCCUGUGCUGGUCGGGCCCCUGCACCCCAAGCUAGCGGCCUGACCGGAGUGGCCAACAGCACUGUGACGGGGGCAAGCACAGGUCCCAACAGCACUGCUGAGGAGGGCACCCAGUCACCUGUAACCCCAGCCUCCUCUGACACUCUGCAAGGCCAGUGUUCCGCCUUUGUGCAGCUCUGGGCUGGCUUGCAGCCCAUCUUGUGUGGCAACAACCGCACCAUUGAGCCUGAAGCGCUUCGGAGGGGUAACAUGAGCUCCUUGGGGUUCACAAGCAAAGAGCAGCGAAACCUGGGCCUUCUUGUGCACCUCAUGACCAGCAACCCCAAAAUCCUGUAUGCACCAGCGGGCUCUGAAGCUGACCGUGUUAUCCUCAAGGCCAAUGAGACCUUUGCCUUUGUGGGCAACGUGACGCACUAUGCCGAGGUCUGGCUUAACAUCUCCACGGAGAUCCGAAGCUUCCUGGAGCAAGGCAGGCUGCAGCAGCAUCUACAUUGGCUGCAGCAGUAUGUGGCCGAUCUGCGCCUGCACCCUGAAGCGAUGAACCUGUCCCUGGAGGAGCUGCCACCUGCCCUGCGCCAGGACAACUUCUCACUGCCCAAUGGCACAGCUCUCCUACAGCAACUAGACACAAUUGACAACGCAGCCUGUGGCUGGAUCCAGUUCAUGUCCAAGGUGAGUGUGGACAUCUUCAAGGGUUUUCCUGAUGAGGAGAGUAUUGUCAAUUACACGCUCAACCAGGCCUACCAGGAUAACGUCACAGUGUUUGCCAGCGUGAUCUUCCAGACCCGGAAGGAUGGCUCCCUCCCUCCCCACGUGCAUUACAAGAUUCGCCAGAACUCAAGCUUCACCGAGAAAACCAAUGAGAUCCGACGUGCUUAUUGGCGCCCGGGGCCCAACACUGGUGGCCGCUUCUACUUCCUCUAUGGCUUCGUCUGGAUCCAGGACAUGAUGGAGCGUGCCAUCAUCAACACUUUUGUGGGGCAUGACGUGGUGGAGCCUGGCAACUACGUGCAGAUGUUCCCGUACCCCUGCUACACACGUGAUGACUUCCUGUUUGUCAUCGAGCACAUGAUGCCACUCUGCAUGGUGAUCUCUUGGGUCUACUCCGUGGCCAUGACCAUUCAGCAUAUCGUGGCAGAGAAAGAACAUCGGCUCAAGGAGGUGAUGAAGACGAUGGGCCUGAACAACGCCGUGCACUGGGUGGCCUGGUUCAUCACAGGCUUUGUACAGCUGUCCAUCUCCGUGACGGCUUUGACGGCCAUCCUCAAGUAUGGUCAGGUGCUCAUGCACAGCCACGUGCUCAUCAUCUGGCUCUUCCUCGCGGUCUAUGCUGUGGCCACGAUCAUGUUCUGCUUCCUGGUGUCUGUGCUGUACUCCAAGGCUAAGUUGGCGUCAGCCUGUGGCGGCAUCAUCUACUUCCUGAGCUAUGUUCCCUACAUGUAUGUGGCAAUCCGUGAGGAAGUGGCCCAUGAUAAAAUCACGGCCUUCGAGAAGUGCAUUGCGUCCCUGAUGUCCACAACAGCCUUUGGCCUGGGCUCCAAGUACUUUGCGCUGUAUGAGGUGGCAGGCGUGGGUAUCCAGUGGCAUACAUUCAGCCAGUCCCCGGUGGAAGGGGAUGACUUCAACCUGCUCCUUGCUGUCACCAUGCUUAUGGUGGAUACAGUGGUCUACGGCGUCCUCACUUGGUACAUUGAGGCUGUGCACCCAGGCAUGUAUGGGCUGCCCCGGCCCUGGUACUUCCCACUGCAGAAGUCCUAUUGGCUGGGCAGUGGGCGGACAGAGGCUUGGGAGUGGAACUGGCCAUGGGCGCACACACCACGCCUCAGCGUUAUGGAGGAAGACCAAGCCUGUGCCAUGGAGAGCCGGCACUUUGAGGAGACGCGCGGUAUGGAGGAGGAGCCCACCCACCUGCCCUUGGUCGUCUGUGUGGACAAGCUCACCAAGGUCUACAAGAACGACAAGAAGCUGGCCUUAAACAAACUGAGCCUCAAUCUCUAUGAGAACCAGGUGGUCUCUUUCCUAGGCCAUAACGGGGCUGGCAAGACCACUACCAUGUCUAUCCUGACUGGACUGUUCCCACCCACGUCGGGCUCAGCCACUAUCUAUGGGCACGACAUCCGCACAGAGAUGGAUGAGAUCCGCAAGAACCUGGGCAUGUGCCCGCAGCACAAUGUGCUCUUCGACCGACUCACUGUGGAGGAACACCUCUGGUUCUACUCACGCCUCAAGAGCAUGGCGCAAGAGGAGAUCCGCAAAGAGAUGGACAAGAUGAUUGAGGACUUGGAGCUCUCCAAUAAACGGCAUUCCCUGGUGCAGACGCUGUCUGGAGGCAUGAAGCGCAAGCUCUCGGUGGCCAUUGCCUUUGUGGGUGGCUCCAGGGCCAUUAUCUUGGAUGAGCCCACCGCCGGCGUGGACCCCUAUGCUCGCCGUGCCAUCUGGGACCUCAUCCUGAAGUACAAGCCAGGCCGCACCAUCCUCCUGUCCACCCACCACAUGGAUGAGGCCGACCUGCUGGGGGACCGAAUUGCCAUCAUCUCCCACGGCAAGCUCAAGUGCUGCGGCUCUCCCCUCUUUCUCAAGGGUGCCUACGGUGAUGGGUACCGCCUCACGUUGGUCAAGCGGCCUGCAGAGCCUGGCACCUCCCAAGAGCCAGGGCUGGUCUCCAGCCCCCCAGGUCGUGCUCAGCUGAGCAGCUGCUCGGAGCCCCAGGUGUCCCAGUUCAUCCGCAAGCAUGUGGCCUCUUCCUUGCUGGUCUCAGACACGAGCACAGAACUCUCCUACAUCCUGCCCAGUGAGGCUGUCAAGAAGGGGGCCUUCGAGCGCCUCUUCCAGCAACUGGAGCACAGCCUGGAUGCAUUGCAUCUGAGCAGUUUUGGGCUGAUGGAUACAACCCUGGAGGAGGUAUUCCUCAAGGUGUCUGAGGAGGACCAGUCCCUGGAGAACAGUGAGGCUGAUGUGAAGGAAUCCCGGAAGGAUGUGUUGCCUGGGGCAGAGGGCCUGACAACUGUGGAGGGUCAAGCUGGCAACCUGGCUCGGUGCUCAGAGCUAGCCCAGUCACAGGCAUCGCUGCUGUCUGCAUCCUCUGUGGGCUCUACCCGCGGUGAGGAGGGCACUGGCUACGCCGAUGUCUACGGUGACUACCGUCCCCUCUUUGACAACUUGCAGGACCCAGACAAUGUCAGCUUACAAGAGGCCGAAAUGGAGGCCCUGGCUCGGGUAGGCCAGGGCAGCCGCAAGCUGGAGGGCUGGUGGCUGAAGAUGCGGCAGUUCCACGGGCUCCUGGUGAAACGCUUCCACUGUGCUCGCCGAAACUCAAAAGCUCUCUGCUCUCAGAUUCUGCUGCCUGCCUUCUUUGUCUGUGUGGCCAUGACCGUAGCAUUGUCUGUCCCUGAGAUCGGCGACCUGCCUCCACUGGUCCUGUCACCUUCUCAAUACCACAACUACACCCAGCCCCGUGGCAACUUCAUCCCCUAUGCUAAUGAGGAACGCAGGGAGUACCGAUUACGGCUGUCACCUGAUGCUAGCCCCCAGCAGUUGGUGAGCACGUUUCGGCUACCCUCUGGUGUGGGUGCCACUUGUGUACUCAAGUCUCCUGCCAAUGGCUCCCUGGGGCCCAUGCUGAACCUUAGCAGUGGAGAGUCCCGCCUGCUGGCCGCACGGUUCUUCGACAGCAUGUGCCUGGAGUCCUUCACACAGGGACUGCCGCUCUCCAACUUUGUGCCACCCCCACCCUCACCCGCCCCUUCCGACUCACCCGUGUCCCUGGAUGAGGACUCACUCCAGGCCUGGAACACCUCCCUGCCGCCUACCAGCGGACCAGAGACAUGGACAUCGGCCCCUUCUCUGCCACGCCUCGUGCGUGAGCCUGUCCGCUGUACCUGCUCUACACAGGGCACAGGCUUCUCUUGCCCCAGCAGUGUGGGUGGGCAUCCGCCCCAGAUGAGAGUAGUCACAGGCGACAUCCUGACCGACAUCACCGGCCACAAUGUCUCUGAGUACCUGCUCUUCACAUCUGACCGUUUCCGGCUACACCGAUAUGGAGCCAUUACCUUUGGCAAUGUCCAGAAGUCCAUCCCAGCCUCCUUUGGUGCCCGGGCCCCCCCUAUGGUGCGGAAGAUUGCAGUGCGAAGGGUGGCCCAGGUGCUCUACAAUAACAAGGGCUACCACAGCAUGCCCACCUACCUCAACAGCCUCAACAAUGCCAUCUUGCGUGCAAACUUGCCCAAGAACAAGGGUAACCCAGCAGCCUAUGGCAUCACCGUCACCAACCACCCCAUGAACAAGACCAGUGCUAGCCUCUCCCUGGAUUACCUGCUGCAGGGCACAGAUGUGGUCAUUGCCAUCUUUAUCAUCGUGGCCAUGUCCUUCGUGCCAGCCAGUUUCGUGGUCUUCCUGGUGGCGGAAAAAUCCACUAAGGCCAAGCACUUGCAGUUCGUCAGCGGGUGCAACCCUGUCAUCUACUGGCUAGCCAACUACGUGUGGGACAUGCUCAAUUACCUGGUCCCGGCCACCUGCUGUGUCAUCAUCCUCUUUGUGUUUGACCUCCCGGCUUACACAUCGCCCACCAACUUCCCAGCGGUGCUCUCCCUGUUCCUGCUCUAUGGGUGGUCCAUCACACCCAUCAUGUACCCAGCCUCCUUCUGGUUUGAGGUCCCCAGCUCAGCCUACGUGUUCCUCAUCGUCAUCAACCUUUUCAUCGGCAUCACAGCCACUGUGGCCACCUUCCUUCUGCAGCUCUUUGAGCAUGACAAGGAUCUGAAGGUUGUCAACAGCUACCUGAAAAGUUGCUUCCUCAUCUUCCCCAACUACAACCUGGGCCAUGGACUCAUGGAGAUGGCCUACAAUGAGUACAUCAACGAAUACUAUGCCAAGAUUGGCCAGUUUGACAAGAUGAAGUCCCCAUUUGAGUGGGACAUUGUCACACGUGGACUGGUGGCCAUGACAGUUGAGGGCUUCGUGGGAUUCUUCCUCACAAUCAUGUGCCAGUAUAACUUCCUGCGGCAGCCACAACGCCUGCCUGUGUCUACUAAACCUGUGGAGGAUGACGUGGAUGUGGCCAGUGAGCGGCAGAGAGUGCUCCGUGGGGAUGCUGACAACGACAUGGUCAAGAUUGAGAACCUGACCAAGGUGUACAAGUCUCGGAAGAUUGGCCGUAUCCUGGCAGUGGACCGCCUGUGCCUGGGUGUGCGCCCCGGAGAAUGCUUUGGGCUCCUCGGUGUCAAUGGAGCAGGGAAGACCAGCACCUUCAAGAUGCUGACCGGUGACGAGAGCACGACAGGGGGCGAGGCCUUUGUCAAUGGACACAGUGUGCUCAAGGACCUGCUUCAGGUGCAGCAGAGCCUUGGCUACUGCCCACAGUUCGAUGCCCUGUUUGACGAGCUCACAGCUCGGGAACACCUACAGCUGUACACACGGCUGCGUGGCAUCCCCUGGAAGGAUGAAGCAAAGGUGGUGAAGUGGGCCCUGGAGAAGCUGGAACUGACAAAGUAUGCAGACAAGCCAGCUGGCACCUACAGUGGUGGCAACAAGCGGAAGCUAUCCACAGCCAUUGCUCUCAUCGGGUACCCUGCCUUCAUCUUCCUGGAUGAGCCCACUACUGGCAUGGACCCUAAGGCCAGGCGCUUCCUGUGGAACCUCAUUCUGGACCUCAUCAAGACAGGACGCUCAGUGGUGCUGACGUCACACAGCAUGGAGGAGUGUGAGGCUCUGUGCACGCGGCUGGCCAUCAUGGUGAACGGACGACUGCGCUGCCUGGGCAGCAUCCAGCACCUCAAGAAUAGGUUUGGGGAUGGCUACAUGAUCACUGUGAGGACCAAAAGCAGCCAGAAUGUGAAGGACGUGGUACGGUUCUUCAACCGGAACUUCCCAGAGGCCAUGCUCAAGGAACGGCAUCACACUAAGGUGCAGUACCAGCUCAAGUCAGAGCACAUCUCCCUGGCUCAGGUGUUCAGCAAGAUGGAGCAGGUAGUGGGUGUGCUCGGCAUUGAGGACUACUCUGUCAGCCAGACCACCCUGGACAAUGUGUUUGUGAACUUUGCCAAGAAGCAGAGUGACAACGUGGAGCAACAAGAGGCUGAACCCUCGACCUUGCCGUCCCCCCUUGGACUCCUCAGCCUGCUGAGGCCCCGCUCUACACCCACGGAGCUCCGGGCACUGGUGGCUGAUGAGCCUGAGGACCUGGACACAGAGGAUGAGGGCCUCAUCAGCUUUGAGGAAGAGCGGGCCCAGCUCUCCUUCAACACGGACACGCUCUGCUGACCAUCAAGAACCAAGUCAGGGAUGCACCUGUGGGGGGCAGAAGUCAGGCGGUGGCUGUCGUCACACACGCCAGGCCCUGGAAAGGCAGGUUCAGGACCAAAGGGCUCCCGCCCUCCUCCCAGCUACCACCAUCCUUGCCUCGUCCUGCGGUCACUCUGGCCGCCCUCCCCGAAUUGUGCCAAAGGCUGGCCUGGCCCUGGGCUGCACAUACCCUCACCCUGCUUUGCCUUAAAGCCUUGGGUCUUGGCCCAGCCCCUUACCCCACCCGGCACCAUCCACCUUCCCGGGGUGACAUGGGCUGCCCCAGGCAUCCUGUGACCCUUCUCUGCAGCGGCCCCGAGUCUACCCAGGCCAGCAUCUUGCACAGAUGUCUUUUCAUGGACAUCCCUGACUGCAGGAGGGGGCUGGGCAGCUUGCCUACUUACUUUGCUUUAAGAGCCUCCCUCGCUCUGCUGUUGUGAAGAAGGUAGGCCACCCACGGGAAGCCAUGCGUGUGGUUGUCUCAGGCCUGGUGGAAGAGCAGGAAUGGAGAAGCUGGGCUUGCUGGCCAGGCGAGGGGCCACUGCUCCCUCCCUGUCCCCCCAAGCUGCCUUUGCUCUCUCAUCCAGCUUGGCCCUUCCCGCCACCCACCUGGGAGCGGGACCUUGUAUAUAGCGCACAGAUGUUUGUUUUCAAUAAAUAAGCGAAAAAAG